AUGUCCGAUUACGACAAGGUCAAACUCGCCCACGAGGCAGGAAAAGAUUUGAACAGCUACCAGGCCAAGCAGGGUCUUGGUUCUAAGAGCGAUUCCACUGUCGAGUCUGGUGUGAACGAAAUGGUCGACAAGAAGUUCGGGGAAACCGGCAUCAAGACCGGCAGAGAAGCUGGCGCUUCCAGCAGCGAUCGUAAACCAAUUCCCGAAGAUGAGGGCGGCAGCCGAGAUGACCGUGGCAGAAUUUCGAAGGCCGGCCACUUCCAAGGGCCUGGUGGCCCGGAAGAUAAGGUGAGGAUAGACUCGGAACGUCGUCCUGGUGACGAUGAUACUCUGAACCUCCAAGAUAUGAAGCGCGAAGGACUUGUUCGGAAGAUAAGGUGA